CAGGAUGGACUGUACCACACGAGGCUGGGUGCUCCAUGGCUUUCCUCAAGAUGUGGAGCAGGCAGAAGAACUCCAAGAGUCUAAUUUCAUACCAAACAGGGUCUUCUUCCUGGAGAUAACUGAUGACAUUGCUAUUGAGAGGGUAACACUUAGGGGUGUGGAUCCUGUGACUGGAGAAUGGUAUCACGGCAUAUAUAAACCUGUCCCUGGUCCAGAAGUGCAGGCCCGGCUUCGAUUUAACCCACGGCAUUCAGAGGCACAACUGCUAAAGAGGCUUAAGGAGUACUGGAACCAUACAGCGGACCUGCAGGCCUUCUACCUACAGGCAGUAUACAUCAAUGCUGGCCAGGACCCACACACCGUGUUUGAGUCACUGGAGAGUAGGCUUGUGGGCCGACUACCCAAAGUCCUGUCUAACCGAGAAACAUCUGAGAGCUAAACACUGUUAUAGGGAUACUCCACCCAAAAACAUGUUCUCUCUUCAUUUA